AUGACCUUCUUCCCUCUUCCCGGAACGUAUCUUGUCGUAGAAAUUGACAAGGAGAAAACCCUCGAAGGCCUCAAUGAUCCGAGUGCGAACGAGGCGGCCGCCGCUCUACAGACAACCAAAUGUAUUGUCUUCUUGGAAACGGUGUUGAGCCUCCCAUAUCCUGACGUGAAGACCUUCAAGUACGCGACGUACCUUAUCGGCCCCGGACUGCGGCCUGAAAACCCGGAACGGUGUCUCACGCCCGACAUGUGCGCCCCGAUCUACCCCAACACCUUCCACCCAUCUGGCGAACGUGAAGCCCUGAAGCCGCGCACCCCGUUUCCGUACAGCAACUGCUACCACUGGUUCGGUGGGGACAUGCGUUUCGAUAUCCGUAUCUGGAACGACGACCGCACGUAUACCAAGGAGGAACGAGUGUCGCUUCCGCCGGACCAGCUGGUCGACCUGGACGAUCUCCAUUCGGAUGAUGUAUCCAGGGCCUUCAGCGCUCGAAUGGCGAGGGACGACGCGUUGCGCGGGGAAGGGACACCGUCGGAGGAAGGUAUGCCGCAAGAGCAGGGGCAGGCGGAUAACUCGGACCCGGCGGACUCGGACAAGUCGUCACCGGACGCGGAAGACCAGGAGGAUGUACCGUCCUCGCCGGAUUCGCCCAUCCACUACUGCGAGUCAGUGUGUGGGUCAAAUUCUGGCUGUAGUUCGUUGAGCUAUGACCCACCGUCAGAAGGCGUCAACCGGUCUUCCGAAGCCCUGGCUCAGGCGGACAUCUUUGGGCUGGACUUUGGCGAGAGGGAGGAGCUCUUUCCUAUCGUCAAGGUCUGGGAUGAUGUUGGCGCGCACUUCAAGGACGACGAUGUUCCGAACCCGAUGGAGUUCGCCAAGCAGUAUGAUGAGAUCGUCAGGAUCAUCGCAGAGAGCAAGGCGCGUACCAGGAUUUUGCACGCUGCCGAGCGGCGCGAGAAAAAGGAUGCGUGGGCGGGGUUGGGUGGCAUGCAGCGUCGGUGGCAAGGUUUCUGGGGUCGACUAUCGAGCACCUCUCGCUCCAUGCUCUGCCUCUCCUGA